AUGUCUUCACCGAAUCGAAAUAUGUUUGUCCAAAGAUCCGAAGGCAGUGAGGCCAGCUCACAGAUGGACGGUAAUAAUGGUAGUGUUCCAGGUCGCAAUGUUCAAUCUUCGCCUCGUUUCUCAUCCAUGGGUACUGGUUUCGCUGGAAGCAGUCAGGUUGGUGAGGAUUUUGAAGGAUCGGGAUCUAAUUUUGCGGCACCCGUUUUCCCCAGUUCUUCCGCACCGAUGCAAAAUGCAGGUCAUAGUAGUCAAGACAACCGGCGCCAAUUGGGAAGCAGCGAGCCUUUUGAAAGAGACAAUGCAUUUGAGGAGUCGGAUUUACCGCUGGAAGGAAUUCGCCGACGCAAUUUGAAUGCUAUAAAGAAAGUGGAUGAUGUUACCGGUGAAAAAGUGCGAGAAGCAUUCGAGCAGUUUCUCGAGGAUUUUACAGUGGUUUCAGAAGAGGAACCCCAGGGGAACUACAUAUAUCGGGCUCAGAUCGAAUUCAUGAAAAUUUACGAUUUAAGCACCAUUUACGUGGAUUACCAGCAUUUGGCCACAAGAGAAAACGGUGCAUUGGCAAUUGCCAUUUCUGAACAAUACUAUAGAUUUCUGCCGUUCCUGUUAAAGGGUUUGAGACGUUUUGUCCGCAAAUUUGCGCCACAGCUGUUGCUCACUUCCGAUUCUGUACUGUCUCAAAGUCCAGAGUCGCUUGACACUCAAGCGGGGGAUGCCAUCCCGGACACGCAGCAAACAGAAGCGAGUGCAGUUACAGGUUCCGGCAUUGGAAAUGCGAGCUCGGGGCUGGCCACUGGCGGAUCGACAACAAGUUCUCCUGAACAAAGCGAACGUGUUUUCCAAAUAAGCUUUUUCAAUUUGCCCACUAUACAGAGAAUUAGGGACGUCAGGGCCGAAAAGAUUGGGUCUUUGAUGACUAUUUCUGGCACAGUGACCAGGACCUCUGAAGUGCGGCCAGAACUUUUCAAAGCAAGUUUUAGUUGUGAGAUGUGCAGGGCGAUCGUCGACAAUGUCGAGCAGGUUUUCAAAUAUACAGAACCUACUUAUUGUCCUAAUCCUUCUUGCGAGAAUCGUGCCUUCUGGAGCUUGAAUGUGGGAAGGUCCAAAUUCCUCGAUUGGCAAAAAAUCAGAAUCCAAGAAAAUGCGAACGAAAUUCCAACAGGUUCGAUGCCACGUACUUUGGAUGUCAUAUUAAGAGGCGACUGCGUGGAAAGAGCCAAACCGGGUGACAAGUGUAAGUUUAGCGGCACAGAGAUUGUAGUUCCGGACGUAACUCAACUUGGCCUUCCCGGCGUUAAGCCGAGUUCGACUAUGGAUUCAAGAGGAAUUUCAAGAAGUUCAGAAGGUCUUAAUGCUGGAGUUAGCGGAUUAAGAACGCUAGGUGUUAGGGAUUUGACAUACAAAAUCACGUUUUUGGCGUGCCACGUCGCGCAAUCCGGCCAAAACUCUGGAACUAACCAACAAGAUGGGUUGGACGACCUUGCAAAUGCACAGGUCGCUGGAGUUUAUGAUGAUGAUGGGAAAGAUCAAGAAAUUUUCUUGAAUAGUUUGAACUCUCAAGAGAUCAAUGAACUGAAGGAAAUGGUCAAAGAUGAGCGCAUUUAUGACAAAUUGGUGCGAUCCAUCUCUCCAGCCGUGUUCGGACAUGAUACUAUUAGAAAGGGUAUUUUAUUGCAAAUGCUGGGUGGUGUUCACAAGACAACGGUAGAGGGGAUCAAGCUUAGAGGCGAUAUAAACAUUUGCAUCGUCGGAGAUCCUUCGACUUCCAAGUCUCAGUUUUUGAAAUACGUUUGUGGUUUCGCUCCGCGGGCCGUUUAUACAUCUGGUAAAGCGUCUUCGGCUGCAGGGUUAACCGCCGCUGUUGUCAAAGAUGAAGAGGCGGGUGAUUUUACUAUAGAGGCAGGUGCGCUAAUGUUGGCUGACAAUGGGAUUUGUUGUAUUGAUGAGUUCGACAAGAUGGAUAUUUCAGAUCAAGUUGCCAUUCACGAAGCAAUGGAACAACAAACCAUCUCGAUAGCGAAAGCGGGGAUACAUGCUACGCUUAACGCCCGGACCUCCAUUUUAGCAGCUGCUAAUCCUGUUGGUGGUAGAUACAACAGAAAGUUGACUUUGAGAGGUAAUCUUAACAUGACAGCACCUAUCAUGUCUAGAUUCGACCUGUUUUUCGUCAUAUUGGAUGACUGUAAUGAGAAAGUUGACACCGAAUUGGCGUCGCAUAUUGUCGAUUUGCAUAUGAAACAGGACGAUGCUAUUGAUCCUCCAUUUAGCGCUGAGCAGUUACAGAGAUACAUCAGAUAUGCUCGCACUUUCAAGCCUGUUCUCAAUGAGGAAGCGCGCAACUAUUUGGUCAACAAAUAUAAAGAUUUGCGACAGGACGAUGCACAAGGAUUUAGUAAAUCGAGCUACAGAAUUACAGUUCGACAACUGGAAAGUAUGAUCAGAUUGUCCGAAGCUAUCGCGCGUGCUAAUUGCGUUGAUGAGAUCACACCCAAUUUUGUUGCUGAAGCGUACGACUUAUUGAGGCAGAGUAUCAUUCGUGUUGACGUAGAGGAUGUUGACGUCACUGGAGCGAGCGACGACGGGACUGACUCAGAUGCAGAUGAAAACCACGACGACCCCACACCUCCAGCCAACGAGGCCGAAGCACGUCGCAAUUCUACGGGGACAGGAGAAUCUCCUGAAAAGAGGCCGGUUACGAAGGAAAAGCGGAAGCACACGAUUUCCUACGACAAAUACGCCGCGAUGAUCAAUCUGAUCGUACAGAAAGUUGCACACGAGGACUCGAUGGGCAACGAAUUGACUGCUGCUAAUAUAGUCGAUUGGUACUUGCUACAGAAGGAGAACGAUCUCGACAGCGAAACCGAAUACUGGCAAGAACGGAAGUUAGCCUUUAAAGUGCUGAAAAGACUGGUGAAGGACAAAAUCCUCAUGCAAGUCCAAGGAACCAUGCAAUCUCUACCGGACACUCAGGCGGCGGCCCCGGCGGCUUCAAACCGUAUCGUCUACGUAAUCCAUCCCAACUGCGCUGUCCUGGACGGACUCAUUGGUUCGUCGCAAGGUCGUUAG